UUUACAAGAGAAUUUAAGUUUGAACGUUGUCCAGAUCAUGUUGUCAACAGAUGCGGUUUAGCCGUUAAUUUAGUAUAUCCUUUCGAUAUUUUCUAUUUUCCGAUGAGGGAAUGCAUCGUUCUUAUAGUGAACACGACCGGUACGUGUAUUGGUUGCGGUACUAUCUACAUCAUAAUCUUCACCACGUUCAUGAGCGAUCACAUAGUGCAUCGCAUCAUACAUUUAAAGAGUUUGCUGAUGGAGUUGAGGUCAAUGGAGCGCGGUUGGGCUAGAAACGAGCAUAUGAAGUAUUGCAUCAGAUAUCAUCAAAAUAUCAUAGAAUUUUCUGUUAGAUUAUCAAACUUUUCGGAAAACCUCUACUUGUUAUACGUUUGCAUCACCGCAAUUAUCCUGAGCUUAAUAUCGUGCGAAGCCAUCGUGAAACUUGAAUACUUGCCGUUUUGGCACGGCGUUUUGUAUUUCAUUCCGCUCCAUUUGAGCGCUUCAGCAGGAGAGCAUCUUUAUGAAAAUAGUAUAAAUAUCUCGUUUGUUAUCUUCGGAUCCGUUCCCUGGGACGGGGAUCUGAAACUACAGAAGGACAUGCUUUUUAUGAUGACGAGGACGAACGUUGCUUUGACUUUACGCAUCGGUAAAUUCACAACGUACAGCAGACCCUUCAUGCUUUCGGUUUUAAAAUUAUGGUAUUCCCUUUUCACGCUCUUAAUCAAAAUCCUUUAA